UAAUCAGGCUACAUACACAACACUCACCCAGGAUGUCAACUACAUCAUCACUUGUCUACUUACAGUGAGUAUUACACAGUGGAAGUCCCUGCCUCUCUGUGGCUGGGGUCCAUGCCUCCAGCAUGAAGUCAGGUUCAUUCUACCAUCUAGACUGAGAAGAGUUUCAUCCCUGAGAGCAGCUUGAGCAAAUUAAAUCUACUACUUCACCAUUGGAAAAUUUCCCUUGAAGCCGGAUAGUGUCUAGGUGAAACACCCAUGUUUUCUACAGAAUGAAGCAACAGGACCAAACAACCAUAGGAUCUUUUAAACUAACUUCUGCAAUGCUUUGACUAAGGUUGUGUGAUGAGACGCAGAUGGAUGGACAGCAACACAUGACGCUCAUCUAACACCAAGUGUCAGUCUGGUUUUGGCCUGGCUGAGCUGUGACCAUUGCCAUGCCUGACAUGCAGACCUUUUACCAGCCCUGCCACACCAUCCGUCACCCCCCAGGUCUCUACCUGGACCCCUCCCUGAUGCAGCGACGUGUCCUGGAAGAUCAAGUGGAACUGUGGUGGUUCAGAGAGCCACGCCGCUCCCUGUUGUGCUACUGUGCCUCUGUGACCCUCAUACUGGGGCUGGGCCUCGGUGGCGUGGGCCUUCUCUCCACCACCACCAGCCUGUCCGGGGAGUGGCGCCUCGGGGUGGGCACCAUGCUCUGCCUCUUAGCCCUGGCUGUUCUGCUCAAGCAGCUCCUCAGCUCCGCCAUCCAGGAUAUGAACUGUGUGCGAAGCUGGCGUCGGAUCGACCAGCUGAAGAGCGGCGGGAGGGCUGACCCGGCACUGAUGUUAGCUGUGGGACUGGCAGUGAUGCUCUGUGGGACGGUGCUUCUCUGUGUGGCCACCAUCGGUAGCCAAGCUCAUGACAGCAAGGAGAUGUUGGUGUCUGGCCUUGUGCUGAUGGCUGCUGGAGCGGGCAUGGCUCUAGCUGUAGUGGGCUACAGUGUGCUCAUCUACCUUAAAAGAAGAAGGGAGCAGAGGAGGAGGAUGAUGAUGAGAAUGAGCAGAGUAAGGAGGCUUGGGAGUCGAACUGUCAGGGUGUUCAAUGUCUCGGGAGGACAGAUGAGCCAGGCCAGGAGUGGGACAUUGUCCAGCAGGACCAGCCUGAUCUGAAUGGACUAAAUCACAAACGGAUCAAAGACUCUUUGAAAGCAAAGAUUAGAAUAAUUUAUCUAGCACAUGUGCAUUUUGUUUCCAUUAGCAUAACUACAACGACUGUUGAACAUCAUCAAAAUACCUGUAGUUUGUAAAAGAACAACAGACUGCUUCACCGCAUGCUUUUACCAGAGGCUCAGUAAUGUGAUGACUGAAUACAGCACUUUGAUACAUCUGAGUAAUUAUGGUUGAAAAUAAAGACUCGGUAAGUGUUCACAUCAAAUCAAAACAUCAUUGUGUUAUAUCCUCUAUAUCUUCUCUGUAUUCAUUAUGUUUCUGUUUUCUACCACCUACUCAAAUAACAAUGUUGGCAAAGUGAAUAAAAGAAUGAAGAAAUAUGAA